AUGUUUCUCUCUCAGAGCUUUUCGGCCUGCCUCCUGGCCCUGACUUUCUAUGAGCACGUCGGGGCUGAGGUCGACCAUUUCCCUGACAUGCUGUCAGCCAAAGUCCAACGUCGCGACAAUAACAACGACACCAUCGAAUCCAUAGAUGACGCCACGAGACAUCCAAAUGCGACAGGAUCAUGGCCGAUCCACGGUAUCGACGUGACCAAACCAUUGCGGAACCCCCCUUCGGAUGAGUACGGUCGAGGCAACGGGUGGACCAUCGAUAUCGCCGUCGCAACGAACAUCACCACCACCGAUUCGGAGUCCAGGUCCAAUCCCCAGGACCUGAAUCUCAAAGCACCGGAUAACGCCUUCUCGGAAACGGAGCAAACGGUCAACGCUACCGAGCACUACAACGUAUGCUCAUUUAUGUGGUGGGGGAACCGCUGGUCAACGGACGACAUGGAGAAACUGCACCAGGACGCCGACGGUUCCUGCAAUGGCGUCAUAUCCAAGCAUUGCAUCGCGGACCUGAGAGAAACGCUUUCGGGAGCCUCAUGCAGCAUGCCUGGCUCCUACAAAACGCCCGAAAGCUGCCCCGAGUACCUUUCCUCCUCUUUCUCGAUCACAGUGAGUAUGGCAUUCAGAGCCAACAAGUCCACCUACCACAUCGGCGGCAACUGGGGUCCCUACACGAAUGGUUCGGAGGAGCUGAUCAGGGAGGCCUACGACCAAGCCGUCACGAACGUCUACCCCGUAAUGUUGGUUUACAAGUAUGACGACGGAGAGUUGGAGUCCAACUACACUGUCUUCCGAUGCGUUCGUGCCAACCAAAUCGCGGAGGGCAGCCGCCAACCUGAAACUUUCGGGAACAGACGGGGCUCGGCUGGCGUCGUCAGAGUAUCCAUGUUUUCUCUCUUCAUAGGGCUGGCUGUGCCUCUCAUGGUGACGUCCCUCAUGUAA